AUGACAGCUACCCAAUAUUCAGGAGAUCCUUUCCCAGAACCCAUACGUGUUUCUGUAGGUUUUACCGUAACAGAUUUAGAUCGAUCACAAUUUGAAAAGAAAGAUAGAAUAAAACUGAAAAACUUUCGCAGGCGAAUAUUUACUCAUUCUAUAGUUAUUUUAGUUGUAGGACUAGUCAUGAACUUUCCUUUUAGGAUACACGGGAUUGUUCUCCGUCUGACUCUCCGCUGGACCCAACUAGAUGAAGCAACAAUCUUGGUUAUGGGGAUUUUGGUACGUGUAAAGGAUUUCGAGAUUGAAUGCGAAUUUUUUUUAGUUAUGGAUGGUAUUACAACGGGUUCUAAUGCAGAAUCACAAAUGGACAUGGGUUCAUCAUCGUAUAAUGAUUUUACUUAUGUUCCUCAAGUAAAGUUUGAACAAAUUCUAAAAAUUGGGCAAGAAUUGGAUUCAUUAGAUGAAACCCGUAAUUUUUACAACGAAUAUGCAAGGGAAGCUAGUUUUGCUUUCAUGACAUUUUACGUAGUACAUAACCAUGUCCUUACAAUACCAAGAAAAGUGCAUUUGUUACGAUCUCACUGUUCCAUGUUUACUACGAAGAAGGCAUUAACACAACAAGUUAGUGCAUCUAAUGUGUCAAUUCACAAUCAAAUUAGUAUUUUGGAGGUAGGAGCAGGAGGUUUAGAAAAUAUUGGUUGUAUAGAAAAUGAUUUUUACAAUGCACACCGGGAUAAGAUUAAAAUGUAUGUCGGACAUGAUGCACAAAUGUUGUACGAGUACUUUCAAGCUGAAAAGGAUAAAAAUUUGAAAUUCUCUUUUACGAUCAAAAUGGACAUAGAGAACAUAAUCACUCAUUGCUUUCGGACAGAUGUAGAAUGCAAAAAAUCAUAUGAAGCUUUUAGGGAUGUUGUAGUGUUUGAUACUACCUAUAACACUAAUCGUUAUGGAAUGAUUUUUGGACUUUUUCUCGGAGUCAACCAUCAUUAUCAAACAACCCUCUUUGCUUGUGCAUUCUUAAGAGACGAGACAACUGAGUCGUUCCUAAAUGCAUAUGAAAUUCAGAGGGGUCCAGAAGAGUUUGAGGCUGAAUGGGCUGAGGUUAUCGAGCAUAGUGGGUUGUCUACGAAUAAGUGGUUAAAAUCAAUGUACGAGAUCCAUUUCAAGUGGAUUCUUACGUAUGUUAAUGAUACAUUUUCUGCAGGUAUGUCCAGUAGCCAAAAAGCUUAA